UUUUAGGCGAAGUGGCAAGUCGGCAAACCCCACCUUUGUCGACAGGGGAGCUUCAAGCUCGACGCAUUCAUGAAGCUUUGCAAAUAUUUCGAAGUCUGUUGACGGCCCUGAGCUUAGUUGAUUCAGCGGAUUGUGAAUCUGGACUCAGCCGAAAUCAAUUCAGAAUGGGUUGUAUCCCUCGAUUGUUCAAAUCGAAGAGGAAGUUAGAUCUGCCUCCCCCACCUUACAGUCCUCAGGCAUGUCAGACUCGGGAGCAACUGAGGUCAGAGAAAGUUGGCCAUGGCAAGCAAGUCUUCUUUGGCCGUGUCGUACACAGCAAGAGUCUGAAGCAUCUGGAAAUAUUCAACAAAGCAGCUCUCGGUGUCGACGAAACUGGCAUCAUAUGCUUCUUGGACAGCACUGUCAAAUCUGCCGCCGCAGCUUGCAAGAAGUACUCCGGAUUUGAGAAUGCUCAGUGCACUACGCUAAAGUCAUUGGAGUUCCUAUUUCCUGGCAUGAUUGACACGCAUAUGCACGCUCCGCAAUGGCCCAAUAUGGCUAUUGGCAUGGAAGGAAAUUUGCAGGAAUGGGUAGAAGGCUACACCGAUCCGAUCGAACAUUCAUAUAAGGAUACCGACAAGGCUAGAAGAGUGUACGAUGAUAUGGUGCAAAAGCUACUUGAGAACGGGUCAACGACUGUGGCAUACAACAGUUCGCCCCACUGGGAAGCAACAAAUGUGCUCGCAGAUAUGUGUCUAAAGUACGGACAACGAGCAAUUAUCGGGAAGCUGUGCAUUGACUGCAAUGCUACACAUGGGAACAUUGAAAAGUCUCCCGAAAUAUCCCUCGAGGAUGAGUGGAAAGCAGUUGAACACAUUCGCAAGAUCGACCCCGACGAGAAACUUAUAUCUCCCUGUAUCCAGCCACGAAAUGGUUCUUUUGUAACUCCACCUCUUAUGGCCGGUCUUGGGAGAAUGAGUAACGGUGAGCCUGGGUCUAAGAAUAUUCACAUUCAGGCUCACAUGUGCGAGACGCUGUUCGAUAUUCGAAAAAUGAAAACUGUGCACCCAGGCUUCGAGAAUUAUUCUGAGAUGUAUGAUCACUAUGGCUUCUUGCAUGAGAAGACCAUCCUUGCGCACUGCAUUCAUCUUUCGGACAGAGAUAUUGAACUUCUGGUUGAGCGCAAAGCUGGGGUGGCACACAAUGGAAAUAGUAACACCUGCCUAACUGAUGGCGAGUGUAGAGUCCGCGAGUUGCUGAAUGCAGGUGUAAAAGUAGGCUUGGGAACGGAUUGCUCAGCAGGAUAUGGCGUCUCGAUCCUGGAAUCGAUGCGGGCCGCGAGCAAUGUGUCUCGACAUCUUGUAAUUCAUAAGGAUGAUCCAUCUUUGAAGCUCAAUUUUGAAGAGAUCGUGUUUCUGGCUACCAUGGGCGGAGCUCAAGUAUGCGCGAUGGAUGACAAGAUCGGAAACUUUGAGCAGGGCAAAUUGUUCGACGCUCUCGUGAUUGAUGUUGGCCAGAAAGAUAAUAUCAAUAUCAGUGGCUGGGAAGAAGAUGAUCUUGCGUUGGUCAAGAAGUGGGUGUUCAUGGGUGACGAUAGGUCUAUCAGAAAAGUCUUUGUUAACGGGAAACUCGUUGCAGGGAAAGAUAUGUAGUACGACGUACAGUAUGCACUCUCCCGAUG